UCUAGACUACUUCGACGUCUGCAUCGAUCUGGUGCCUUCUCUUUAAACCACUGGAAUGCAACUGCUGUUGUACAGUAUCAUCCGUCGACGUGGAUUUCUAGUUGUCAUUACUCCAACAGCCCCCGAUCAACUAUUGAUCUACUCCAGAGGUCAAAAUUACCCCUGCUAAGAGACAUUGGCAAUUCAAUGGAUGAGGGAGCUUCCGCAUCAACCCUCAGCGUGUCCUCUUCAACCGGUCUCGUUGAAGCCUUCAUCCUUGACACAAAGUAUGUUGUGGAUCUACUUCGAGCGUGUUGCAUCGGUGACAACAGAGCUGACUGCGGAGCACGAGGGGAUAUUCAAUGGGUACACUGCCUUCUGCCAGUUGCUAGUGCAGGUCUCUGGCAAGUAGCACUCCCUAAUCCCCCAGUCACCGCAGAAACCGGCUGCGUUUGUGUUCGGAAACCCCAUGCUCGCUUCUGUGUAGCUCUCGUUCGGGCCCAGGUGCAUGCCAUUUCUCUGGCAACUGAUCUCAUCUACCUCAAAUCGGCUUUCACUCAACGUCUCAUGGAGUCAACUGAACCAACGGCCAAUGAAUCCGUUGAGAUUGUUGGUUCGCCACCCCACUCAAUUUCGGAGGAUUUAGUAACUGUAACGGAAGUCGCCGAUCGAAGUACCAAAGAUACGAGGACUCAAGAUGAGGCGUUCAGCAUUUUGUCACAGGAGAGGCCAAGCGCACUCAGUGGCACUUCAAAAGCCAGUUCGGAAGUCGACACAAAUAUUCAGUCCGAUGCCACUGUUAAUCACACUACCAAUGAAUCUGCCGAUACGUACAAUUUUGUUUUCAAUCACACCAGCAACACUUUUCCAUGGGAACAACUCCUGACUUUGGCACCAGUCGAUCGUGCACUAAUAAAACAACUCCGCUUCCAGCUGGAGGAGAUGGAGGAAUCGAAAGAACUCCUACUUCGCAAACAGAGAACUCUCACUACUGAUUUAGAGGAAUGUCAACAACAGCUGAAUCAGGAACAAAGGGAACGGCGCGUUGCUGAGUUGCGAUGUCAGACAGCCCAACGUGAGAACACUGAUCUUCAAUGCCGAGUGGAGGAAUUGGAAGAAGAGUUAGAGGAAAAUAGUCGACGUCAACGUCGUGCUGCUAUUUCGAGCACCUCAGCAUCAUCUCCGAGCGUCAAUUCAUACGCUAAUGAAUUAUAUCAACUCAUCGACGAACGAAAUUCUAUGCGUGAGGAGAUCGCCAAUUUACAGGAGCGUUUGACAACUGCCAACGCUGAGAAAGCCGGGGCUGCAGAUAUGGAAUUGGUCUAUCUUAAGGCCAAGGUUCAUGAGCUAGAAGGUCGUCUGGAACUAGAGACUUCGACAAAACAGCGACUUCAAUCAACGGUUGACCGCCUCAAAUCCCAGAUCGAUCAAAUGGGUUCUGAACGUGAGCGUCUGUUAACCACAGUUCAGUACGAACGUGAAAAGGGUCGUCAGCUCGCUCGAAAUCUUCGUGAGGCUGAGGAAGAAAAGGAACGGGCAGAUAGACGACUGGAGGAGCAUAAGCGCUCGGGGAGCACCUCAAAUGACGCUGUUUCCGCUUGUGUUCAAGAACAGCUCCGACUUCAACAGGAACUGUCUCAUCUCCUGAUCCGAUGUAAAGAAGAGGAGUUAAAGUCUGUAAUGCGACGAUCCCGAAAAAUAAAUAAUGCAGACGAUUAUGGUGAUAGUGACAAUUAUAACGAGGAUAUGGACUCCGAAGCCGAACUCGAAGAUGUGUAUGCGAGUGAAACAAAUGAUGACAAUGGGUAUAAGAUGAAAAUUUCGUUAAAUGGAUCAGCUGGCGGAAGUGUGGAGGCUAUUGAAAGCAACAAUUAA